AUGAACAAUAUUGAUGACAGGUACAUACAACAAUUGAAUAGUGUCAAGGCCGAUUGCAGAAUGUUUGUCAAAAAUAUAAACAAUUUGAACCACAGUUCUGUUAAUGGACUUAUAUUAUUUACAUACAUAAUGGCUAUAUUGUUUGCACCACAUUGUUGUACACUGGAAAUAGAAUCAAGAAAUACCAGUUGUGAAAAUGAAUUGACAUGCAUCAGAUGUACAAUGAAACCUCAGUGUUCAUGGUUCCUAACUCAACAGAGAUGUGUAAGAAACCUUGAUUUAAAAUGUUCAUGGUUUUUAGUCAACAGUAAAGAGGAAUGUCCACGGUUUUCAGUAGUAACUCAAUAUGAAAAUCAUGAUAAAACCAAUAGUUUGAAAUACACUGUUAAAGUAUCGAAUGAUUCAGUAGAUUUCAUGAAUUUCCUUAACGAAAGUAAUUUUAUUUGCGAUGCAUUAAAAAUAGAUAAGAGUGAGAUAAAAAUCGAUGGGAUGAUGGUAUGUUCAACGAGAAUUAAGUUAAAUUACUUCGCGGAGUACAUUAAGGAGUUGUUAGCUGCAUUCUUAUUUUAUGUUAAGUUUAAUGGCAUCACUCUGCGGUUGGACAACCUCGCCAAACCCAAUGAAACGAUGUAUGAACAUCAAUGUAUCGAUGACAAGAAUAACGAAAACUGUGGGACUUGUAUGUGGAAUGAUGAUGACUUCACACGCUGCGUUAGAUUGUGUUCGUACGAAUACCCCUGUGAGGGUCACAAUGAAUUGUAUAUAUCGCACGUCAACGGUGUUGAAAAAUUUUGGAAUUUUACUUCACAAGAAGUCAAUGAUAGAUGUACCGAAAUAAAAGUGACAGCCGUCCAUCCGCUAUCUGGUACGAUGGCCGGUGGCACGACUAUAACGAUCACUGUCAAGAACCACAGGAUAUUUGCGAAUAACCGAAAUGUAACUGUGACGGUGGCGGGAACGGUAUGUGCGAACAGUGUGUCUACACCGAAGACGAUUACUUGUUUCACAACACCACCAUCCGACGACACAUAUGAACCACCAUCCGGCCCGGUCUUGGUUACGUACACGUCAAAUAAUGGUCACGUGUUUAAUAUCGAGUCAUCACAGACAUUCCAGUUUUACGUCGGUACUAAAUGUGGCUUACCACGUCCAGUGCUUGGCUUGAAGCAAGAACUAUAUGGCGUAGGGUCCGGAGGCACAACCGUAACAUUAAACGGCCUACGGUUCAUCGAACCAUGCGUUGCGUCCCCCGCCCGCAUGUUUGUCAAGCUGCCAAACGGCACCAUGCAGUUCGCGUCCAGUAAUUGUAAUAAACCUGUCGACGACACAAGCAUAGAUUGUCGAGUGCCACAAUUGAACAGUUCCAAUGGUUGGGACGUAAACACACCUAACUUUACAUGGGUGCUGAACUUCGGACUAGAAGUGAUGAACUUCGUUGUUAACGGUCCGUUGACCAGUUAUUACCACGUAUUGGAUAACUAUCCAGUGCUAGAGAAUUUUGAAAUAGAAGUAGGUGGUUCAGUGGUCGUCUACGGUAACCACUUGCGGUACAUACAUUCCGAUGACGUCCUGAUACGAUUCCAAGAUGCACUGGAUAUAAAUUGCAAAGUCACCUCGGCUACAGAACAUAGUUUUGUAUGCAUGCCAAACACGUCCGUCGUCGUUUCGAAAGAGAUGUUUGUCAAGAUUGGCGACUUUUUGACGUAUAACGUUACCAAACGGCCCUAUGUUUUUUCCAAACUUAUCUGGAAUUUUAUGGUGCCUCUGGUGGUGGUGGUUGUUUUAGUCUUGGCUUGUUUUUAUCAAAUUAAUAGUCGGUAUAACGUGCAUAAAAUAGUCCAUGGCCCACCUGUGCAUUUGAAAGACCUGGACACACAGACAGCGCUGUUAUAAUGUUAAUUUUUGUAAUAAUUAUAGUGUAUUUAAAAACAAAAUUAAUAUUAAUAAGGUAAAUAGCUAUAACACAUUAUUUUAACAUUUAGUUUAUUACAUAUUUUGUUAGUUUUUUCUGUUCCACCAUUUAAUAUAUUUUGUAUAAUUCCCUAUUCGGUAUAAUAAUUUUUGUGUUAAUGUUUAUUAAAUAUUUCUCUAUUAUGAUUAUUUAUAACAUUUUGUACAUUUUAUCUUAAAAAUAGUAAACAAAUUUUCAUGGUGAAAAAAUUAUGAUAAUAAUAAUGAUAACUGUUUAAAUACUUAAAACUCUUUAUUAUUCAAAAAAAGUCUAUUUAUUAUAUCUUCCACACAUUUUUUUCAUAAAUAUCAAAUCUCAAAACACAAAAGGGAUAAUUCUUGGAUCGCGGGCAUGAUACCCCCAGGUGGGUAAACAGUAAGUAUGCAUGUACGGUUCAUUGUUUAAAAUGCAGGGCAUGGACAAUUUGUACUAUUUUAUACAUAGAAUAUAUCAUUAUGUGAAUAUAAGACGUAUAGCAUGUAUAGGCAUGUAAUCUUAUAAUGCGAUUUAAAUAUUAUUUUUAUAAUUCUAAUGUAUACAAAUAUAUAAAGCUGUAGAGUUUGUGUAUUUGAAUCUCAGGAACUACUGGUUCGAAUUGAAAAAUUAUUUUUUUGUUGGAUAGUCCAUUCAUCGAGGAAGGCUAUAGGCUAUAUAACAUCACGCUACGACCAAUUAAUAGAAGUGCUCAA